GUUGAUUGUUUGCACCUACUAUUUGUAUAAAAAUAUCUAAAAUAUAAAAAUAACAAGAGGAAAAUGGGGGAUGAGCUACGGUGAACGAUGAUUUCGAACUCUCGCGAUGACUGACUCGGAAAAAUGACGUCCUGUCAACAACACUAAAGUGCGAAAGGUCUCUCUCUCUCAAUUUAUCAUACAGGAACAUAUUGUUAACAGGCAUGCCCCAAAGUCCUACUGAAUAGCCAUUCAGCCAUCAGUGCCUGCAUCCCGCUGUCCCCAUGACAACCCCUCCUCUGGCCCCGUUUUCCGGGCAACAGGCUCAGGCAGCGCGUGAUGUGAACACAGCCUCACUAUGUCGGAUCGGACAAGAGACGGUGCAGGACAUCGUCUUACGAACCAUGGAGAUCUUUCAGCUGCUUAGAAACAUGCAACUGCCGAAUGGAGUGACUUAUCAUCCUAACACUCAUCAGGAUCGGUUGGGGAAACUGCAAGAGCACUUGCGGACGCUCUCUGUCCUUUUCCGCAAGCUCCGUCUUGUUUAUGACAAAUGUAAUGAGAACUGUGCUGGUCUAGACCCCAUACCACCUGAGUUUAUUCCAUAUGUAGAAGAUGACAGCUCUAAACUGGAUGACCGUGUGGCCAAUCAAAUGUGUGCAGCAAGCGAAGAGAGGAGAGAAGUACUGGAAAUUAAUAAGAAACUCAAACAGAAGAACCAACAGCUGAAGAUGAUUAUGGACCAGCUCAGAAACCUCAUCUGGGAGAUAAACUCCAUGCUCUCGGUCAGGAGCUGAAACGCACUUGUAUACACAAGAUACACACUGUCAUGAGAGUUCUGUUUUCAAGGAGUGGUUUGCAGAAAGAUACGAGGAUGCAGGAAAGAGCGGUGAGGCAAAAAAUUGAGAGAAGGUAGAAAGCGACUGAACUGAAGAAAUUCUGCUAUGCUCAUAAUGCAUGGUUGAAAUGCCAUUCAGUUCUGCUGCUUUGGAUACAGUUUUCAACCUGAUGAACAUUAGGAGGUCUGAACAGUCUGCUCAUUCACGCUGAUACAUUUUAAAAUGAACCUUUUGCUCAAGUAUAUUCUUUAUAUUUGUAUGUGUGAUAGUUCCUUUUUACUUUUAAAGGGGCAGUACACCUAAAAAUGAAAACUCUGUCAUGUUCUCACCCUCAUAUCUUUUAAAAACCAUUUGACUUAUUCUGUGGUACACAGGAAUUUUUUUUUCUUUGUUUUACAGCAGAAUGUGCAAGCUGCUCUUUUCCAUACAAUGAAUGUAAAUGGUGACCAUGGCUGUCAAGCAAGAUUUCCAGUGAAUAAUGAUUAAAUUUCAGUCUGCUCCUCACCUAAAGCUAUCACAUGACUUCAGAAGACAUGGAAUAUAGUGCAUGGGCUUUUUAUCCUUUUUGGAGCCCUUACAGUCUCUGGUCCCCAUCCACUUUCAUUGUAUGAAAGAGAGCAACAUUCUUCAAAACCUUUGUGUUCCAUUGAAAAAGUCAUCAUAUUUCAUUUUUGAGUGAAAUAUCCCUUAAAGUUAUAUAUUUCUCAGUCACUAUAGAAUUUAUAAAUGUAUUAUGUAAAUUGAAUGAUAUUGCAGAUUAAAAUGGUGUUAAUAUACAGUAAAAGUAUUAACCUUUUUUCAAUACUUGACCUGACACCCAUAACAUUUUAUAAUUCUUGUUUCGUAAUUUGAGUGCUGCAUGAGUUCGAGUCCAUGAUCAUAGUCAUUAAAUAGUCUUUACGGAUUGCACAAAAAAAAAUUACAAAAGCACAGCAAUGUAUUGCCGCCUCUGUUACAGUAAAUGCACAAUAAUUUACAUUUAUGCAUUUGGCAGAUGCUUUUAUCCAAACCGACUUACAGCGCACUUAUUACAGGGACAAUCCCCCUGGAGCAACCUGGAGUUAAGUGCCUUGCUCAAGGACACAAUGGUUGUGACUGUGGGGAUUGACACAGAAUUACCUUCUGAUUACCAGUUCAGUGCUUUAGCCCACUAUGCCGCCACC